GGGAAUCUCACACCGGAAGUAGCUCUUUUCUGCUUCUUUGUUUUAAACUUUGACCUCAGACUUGUGCAUGCUGGAAAUGGAAACCCAGUGAAACAACGUGGAUAGUUAAAUAUUAAAGUGUUAUUUAUUAAAUUCAGGGUUGGCAGAGCGUUAGUGUCCCAUGUUUUCUUCCGCCUGGAUUUAAUAACUCGACUCCUCAGCGCGACUAAAAGAUGGGGAAGGCACCCAAGAAGAGGAGCAUGGCCGACAAGGUCCGCAAAACCAAGACUUCAACUGAGAUCAAAAACAACCCUUUUGAGGUGAAAAUCAACAGGAAGAAAUUUGAUAUUCUGGGGAGAAAAAGCAAGCAUGAUGUGGGUCUGCCUGGCGUGUCUCGAUCCAAAGCCAUUAAUAAGAGAAAAGAAACCCUCCUGAAGGAAUACAAACAGAAGAACAAGUCCAGCAAAUUCAUUGACAGGCGUUUUGGAGAGUAUGACACCAAGAUGGCACCAGAAGACAAAAUCCUGAAGAGGUUCGCAAUGGAGAGACAGCGUAACCAUGAUAAGAAGGAUGUGUACAACCUGAACGAGGAAGAGGAGCUGACUCAUUACGGCCAGUCGCUGGCUGAGAUGGAGAAAUUCAAUGACCUUGUGAACAGCGACGAUGAAUCAGAAGAGAAAGGUCUUUUGUCAGCUGAGCUGACCGCCUCUCACUUCGGAGGAGGGGGCCUCCUCAGAAAGAAAAGCUUGGGGGAGCAGCAGGAGGGGGAAGGAAGCCACAGGGCCAAGUCCAGACAGGAGCUGAUCGAAGAGCUCAUCCAGAAGUCCAAGCUGGAGAAGCGGGAACGACAGGUGCAGAAAGAGGAGGCACAGGAGCUGACGGAGAAGCUGGACCAGGAGUGGAAGAGCAUCCAGGCUCUGAUGGUGAAAAAGACGCCCAAAGGUGAACGCGUCGAGGAGGAGAAGCCCAAGCUGGAACAGUAUGACAUGAUGGUCAGAGAGCUCGGCUUCGAGAUGAAGGCUCAGCCCUCGGAGAAGCUGAAAACCCCGGAGGAGCUCGCCCGGGAGGAGAGGGAGAAGCUGCAGAAACUAGAGGCUGACCGUCUGAGGAGGAUGAUGGGAGACGAAGUCGGGGAGAGUUCUCAGAGUCAGAUCCACAUGUCUGCUGAUGACCUCAAUGAUGGCUUCAUCCUGGAUACGGACGACAAGAAGACCCUGUCUUAUCAGGACGGAAAGUGGAACAUUGGAGAGGAGUCCGAGGAAGACAAGGGUGAAGAUGAAGAAGAGGGACAGAGUGGAGAGGAGGAGGAAUCCGAGGCAGAGGAGGAAGAUGAAGAUGGAGACGAAGAGGAGGAGGAGGAGGAGGAAGAGGAGCAAGAGGGCAGCAGUGAGGAAGAAGAUGGUCACUCUGACCUAGAGUCCGAGCAAGAAAGCGAGGAUGAGGAGGAAAAACAGGAUGAGAAGGCCAGUGCUAAACCGAGUCUGAGCAAAGAGGAGAUAAAGGCCCAGCAGGAGGCAGCUAAAGCCGAGCUUCCAUACACAUUUACUGCUCCAGAGAACUACAGCGACCUGAAAGAUUUGCUCCAUGGCCACACGCCUGACAACCAGCGCCUCAUUGUGGCCAGGACUCAGAAAAGCAACCAUGCUAGUUUGGCUGUGGGCAAUAAGCUCAAACUGCAGAAACUGUUUGUCUUUCUGUUGGAGUACAUCGGAGAACUGGCCACCAGGAGUCCGCCUGAGCUCACCACCAUAGAUAAGCUCAUACCAGAGUUGUACACUUUGUGUCAGAUGUUUCCGGAAGCAGCGUGUAAAGCCAUGCAGAGCAUCCUCGGAGACGCUGGUCAUAGCAUGGAGGAGGUGCUUGAGGUCAAAGGGCAUGUUGCUUUCCCAGCACUGGACAUGCUCAUCUACCUGAAGGUGACAGCCCUGUUGUUUCCUACCUCAGACUUCAGACACCCAGUUACCACUCCAGCGCUGCUUUACAUCAGCCAGGCUCUCACCAAGUGCCCAGUGAGAUCAUUACAGGACUUGACGUCCGGUUUAGCACUGUGCUGUCUGGCAGUGGAGUACGUCUCGUUUUCAAAGCGCUUCCUGCCUGAGCUCAUCAACUUCCUGGCUGGAACGCUACAUCUGGCCGUGCAGGACAAGACCGCUCUAGGUUACACUGUGGUGCUGCCCUUUAGGCCAUCAGGCAAGUGCAGUGAUCUGCUGGUGUUGUCAGACUCCGAGUCCUGCCAGAGCUGGAGCAAGAAAAGCCUUCCAUUGUCUGCGACCCAACGCCUGGAACUCAAAAAUGAGCUCGGCAGAGAUCACCAUAGGUUGAUGUGUCUGUCUACUUGCCUGGACCUGGUGAAGCGGUGCUGCCUGCUCUACAAAGACCUCACAUCCUUCGCAUGCAUCUUCCAGCCAAUCAGAUCGCUGCUUUCCAAACAUCUUUCAGCCCAAACAUUACCAGAGCUUUUACAGGAGCUUCACAGUGAGAUCCUGGAGACCAUCAGCAGUGCUCCUGUGACUCACAGUCGGCUGGUUUUAGAGAGGAAGAAGCCAAUUCCUCUGAAGCUGCUCACACCCAAGAUUGUUGAAGUGUUGGACUAUGGAAAGAAGCGUGGCAGCACCAGAGAGGAGAGAGAGAAGGAGCGACUGCAGCACAAAUACAAGAAGGAGUUCAAGGGUGCUCUGAGGGAGAUCAGGAAGGACACGCGAUUCCUGGCCAGAGAGAAGCUGAAUGAGGUCAUGAACAGAGAUUCAGAGAGAAAGAGGAAAGUGAGGGAGCUCUUUGGCAGCUUGGCCACUCAGGAGGGAGAGUGGAAGGCCCUGAAGAGGAGGAAGAGGAAAUGAAAUACAGAAUCUCAGUCUUCAUCGCUUCUCUCCAUCAUCCGUUCCCUGUCAAAUGCCAUCCAGAUAUGGAUAACAGACUGUACAAGGUUGAAAUUUGUGGAACUGGGAACUGUUUUGUACUUUAUGGAUUGUUUUUAAUCGAGAGAUGGGAUCAAUUCAACUUCCUUGUCGCAACACGCAUUUUAUAGUGACAAAUAGCUGUCAGAAAUGCACACCAAGUUGUCGUUUGAUGCAACAAUCGGAUACUGUUAGUCAACACAGCAGUGAAUACUUGGUCUGCAUUCUUCUUUUCUCCCACCAGAAUCCAUCAAUAUAAUGUGCUUACAUCCAGAAAAAAAUAAAUGUCUCUGUUCUCUUACUUUCCAUCAACAA